AUGCCCGCCGCGGCUAAGAGCUGCGAGGCAUUAGGUCGCAGGAACGCAGCAGCUUGGGAGACGGCUGCGGUCGGCUGGAGAGCCCUCGGCGCCUCCCUGGCUGGCGCGCAGGGGUCCGCAGGGCCGCCGCGCCGCGCUGCGGUCGAGGGGAGACUGGCCGCUGCUCUGCGGAGAGCCGCUCUUCUCGACAGCGAGCUGGCCGCGCGGGAGGCCAGCCAUGUGGCGGCGGUGGCGCAGGCUCUGCAGCUGUCCCGUGGCCGCGGGGCCCGCGACCCCCAGCCCGACGUGCAGCUGCUCGGAGAGAGCACGGCGCGGGUGGCGUUGGCAGUCCCCGUGCUCUUGGAGGUGUUCGCGGCCGUGGCCAUCGGCAAGAGCGCUGACGCCGCCGCAAACGUGAACGCGCAGAGCGGCGAGCAGACGGGCGGGGGCAGCACCGCCGCACAGCAGCCGAGGCGGCUCCUGGAGCCUGGGAGGUGGGAUGGUGCCCGCUGGAGCCAGGACCUCCGGCCUGGAGCCGGGGGGGAGGGGCCUGUCCCCGCGGGCCUCUGGCAAAGGCCACAGGUCGCGGUGCGGGUGCAGUUCGUCGGCGGCGGCCUCGACGAGGUCGGCGCCCAGGACGACCGCGAGAGCGUCGGCGCGCAGGCGACCGUGGGCGUGCAUCUCGAGAAUGAAGAGGGCGAGGAGAUCGUGAUGCAGGAGCAGUCCGUUGACGGCGGCCUCGACGAGGUUGGCACCCAUGGCGACCUCGAGAGCGUCGGCGUCCAGGCGACCGUGGGCGUGCAUCUCGAAAAGGACGAGUACGUGUUGAUCCAGGAGCGGUUCGAUGGCGGCGGCCUUGACCAAAUCGGCAGUCAGGUUGACUUCGAGAGUGUCGGCGUGCAGGCGAACGUCGGUAUUCAUCUCGUGGACACCAGCGAGCAGGUGAUGCUCAUAUCGUCGGGCGAGACGUGCGGGAGCUCGCAGAGCGACCUCUGGCCCGACUGGACGACGCCGGUGGCGCCCUUCGCCCUGGACCCGCACACGCCGUCGGAGGCCAAAUUCCGCGCGGAGUUCCAUUUCGACGGCAUUCGUACGCCAGGAGCGUACAAGCUCUGCUUCUGCUCCCACAUCGAGGGCGACGCGACCUUGAACGACAACGGCAACCUGUGCGUCGACGACGCUGGCAACCCCGACUACAAGCUCUUCAGUCAUCAGGCCGGCACCGUGGUGGUCCAGGGAUCCAUUUCUGGCGUUCGCGCAGUGGAGGACGACGUCCAGGGCAGGGGCCUGCCGGCGACGGUUGACGUCGUGACCGUCGAGGUUGACAUGUUCUACCCCGGGCGAAUGGUCACCUGCGUGGUGACCACCGAGGCGGCGCCGGACGGCUUCACGCCCGAGAUGUCCGUCCUGGAGGACUGCGCCAGGGAUGACCCGAGCGCGACCUUUCCCCGCUGCCACGGCAAAGCGACGACCCCCAGCCAGUUCUCCGGCACGGGAUGGAACCAGGUCCACAUACCGCUCGACCUGGACCCGAGCGGCGUGCCCGCGCCUGGCGACGUCGCGUCGCUGCACGUGUGGUGCUGGGACCCCGGGCUGUGCAGCAACGAUCUCUGCGUGGCCCGGGCCUCGGCCGUGCGGCGGCGCCUCGUCCCGUCGGCCCUGUCCCUGGCCCUCCCUCGCAUCGUGCCACACAGGCACGACGGGGUGUCCAGCCGCAGCCUCGCAGAGGUCCCGGCGAACAACGUGGGCGCGGUCGUGGAGAGGAAGAAUUGGCUCCAGCAGACGGACAACGCGUGGACUGCCGUGGUGCGCCAUCCGCCGCCCUCCUUCCUCGCAGUGCUGGCUCGGAGGCAGCAAAGGCAUGUAACCGUGGCGGCCAGCGUGGGGCCCCGGGCAGUGGGCUCUUACACUCUCGACGUGCGCGCUGCGCGGAGUAAACUGCUGGGCGCAAUCUUCGCGCAAGGGCGCUUUUGCGCCUGGGUGGUGCAGGCCGCGUUCAUGUGCACCCGGAACCCCCCGCCGGCGCAUGUGAACCCGGUUGCGACUCCGUUCACGCUGAGCCUGCCUCUGGCCGAUAACUUCGACAUCUCUCAGCAGUGGGCCCGCGCCAAGAUCGUGGAGAAGGCGCGCUGCGCGGCGUGGGGUGGCGGCAGGGAAGGGCUUACAGACGCAGACAUCGACAAGAUUGCGGGCAGAGUGGCCCAGAUGAUACGGCUGGGCACAGGGGCUGCGCCGGCCACGGCGCCACCCGAGGGCGCGCCCAACCUCCAGGGGCUCGCCGGUCAAGAUCAGAGCGCGGCUCCAUCUCACGAAGCAGGCUGGAGCGUGGUCGACGACCCCUGGACGGAGCAGGAUCCGUGGCGAGAGGAGUGGAGAGCGAAGGAUGCGCGGGCAGAAGAGGACAAGCAAACACCACCAUCCAUGAGGGCAUCAGACACCUGGAAGGAGUGGAGAGACAGACCCGGGCGACAACAGACCUGGGAUCAAGACUACUCGUGGCAGAGCUGGGGUAGUCAAGGCAGCACGUGGCAGCACGACCGCGGCUGGUGGCAGGGCCAGUGGACCCAACCCAGGCCAGCACCAUCCUGGCCAGGCUGGGAGAGAUUCAGGCUGUGGAAGCAGUACGUGCAGCGCUGGAAGAACGGCCUGAACUUGAGCGAGGCUCAGGCAGCAGACAGACUGCUAGAGAUCCUGCCCUGGGAGAUCCGGGCGACCCUCGAGGACGUCCCGGAUAGCGAGCUGACGGUCGAGCUCAUACUGAAGAGGAUGGGCCUCAAGUCCGGCGAGCGCGAGGACGACGACCUCUACCGGACGGGCAGCGAGGCCAUGCAGGACACGGAGAGGAAGAAGGAUGAGGACCUGCACACCUUCGCGGAGCGACGCCGACGUCAAUUCGACAAGGCGAAGAGUAUCGGGAUGGAGAUCCCGCAGAAGAUCCAGGGCAUGCUGCUGAUGCAAGGAGCUCGUCUCAACGAGCAGGGCAGACAGAACCUCAAGAGCCUGACGAAGGGCUCGAUGCUAGGUGAGGACAUCCUCUGGGCGCUGCCCAAGCUGGACACCGGAGGGAAGAUCUGGAGCGACGGCAAACAAUCAUCGCUACUGAGUAUGGGAUCGGAGGAGGCGCUGCCAACUCCCGAGAUCCAGCGGGCAGAGAUCGGGCCGGUCGAGGAGCCGAUCUACGAGUGGUCGUACUGGGCCGACGAGCUGGACUCGGAGGACGAGGUCAUGGUGCUCGUCGAGCUCUCCGAGAAGAGCCUCGCGGAGCCAGAGGUGGUCGAGACCUUGGCACAGAUCGGCAAGACCAAGAAGACGUGGAAGGAGAACCAGCAGCUGAAGACGGCGCUCAAGCGGGAUCGGGGCUUCUGGAAGAAGAAGCGCCGGCUCACUCCAUCACAGCUGAAGUUGAUCACGAAGUGCGGCAACUGUGGAGAAGUAGGGCACUGGCACAAAGAGUGCAAGAAUCCUCAUCGUCCCAGAGAGCGAGAUGGCAAAGGCAAACCUCGGUCUGGAGGGGCCGAGAUCGAGGCCUUCACGUUCGCAGCGAUCGGCGCGGGCGACGACCAGGACUUCAACCUCGACGGCAUCACGGUCCUGGGCAGGGAGGUGCUGGCGACCCUCAGGGAGAUCAUCAGCUCGGAGACUACGGAGCUCUCGCUGCUGAUUCUCGAGGGCGGCCUGAUCAUCGUGGACAGCGGCGCCUCCCAGGCGAUCAUAGGCCGCCGGGCUUUGAAGGAGCUCGAGGGAGAUCUGCAGCAACGAGGCCUGCGGAUCAACUGGAUCGAGAAGAGCGUCCAGACACCUCGGGGUAUCGGCGGAUCGGCCACGCUGGUCGGAGUCGCCGUGGUGCCCAUCUCCAUCGGUGGCAAGAGCGGGACCGUCGAGUUCGUGGUGACGAAGGAGGACCUGCCGCCACUCUUACCAGGCGGGUUUCUCGAGCAGUUCGGCGCAGUGCUGGACUACGAGAAGGACCUUCUCAUUCUGAAGAAGUUGGACUGUGAGACUGAGCUCCACCGGAUCGGGAAGAACCACCGGGGGAUCUACAUCAACGACUGGCGCGGGACGGAGAGCAGCUUCUCUCCCAGCUCGCGCGCCUUGCCAGCCGGCCUCAGCUCGGACGCCUUCCGAGCCCCGCACAACCACCAAGCUCACCGCGAGAUCCGCCUCAAGUCGAUGCGGAGCCGCCCAGACUUGGACAUCUCAGAGAGGGUCAAGAUCCAGUGGAUCAGGCUGCUGCAUGCCGGACUGAUGUGGACACAGACCCUCAUGGACAAGUUCUUUGCUCUGAACAGGCGCGGGAGACUCUUCCCGGGAAAGGAGCUUCGUCGGAGGAUGGUGGAGGACCCCAGGCUGGUGAACGACCUCUACGAGUACCGGGUUCCGAUGACGGCUCCCUUGGCGGACGGGUCGGUGCCUUGGACGCUCUGCGUGCACCGCCCCAGGUGGUUCGUGACCUCCUACAACCAGUACGGGAACUGGGAGCAGUGCAACAAGUGCAAGGUGAGGACGUCCUUUCGAGAGAUCGGGCACCGCGGGGACGGCCACCGACAGAUGACGGCAUCGGAGAUGAGGAAGCUCAAGCAGCAGCUCCCGCGCGACGUCAGGCCCCUGAGCUCGGCAGGCUCGGCGAUGCGGGAUGGCGCAGCUCCGGCUCCGAGUCGACGCGUGGCGUCGGCGCCGAACGACGAGAACACCUGGUCGAGCUUCAACCAGGAGCCUCCGCCACCGUGGGCCUCAGAGAUGGUGCGAGGCCUGUCGGCAGCAGUGGCCGAGGCGAUGACGGCAUCCACGGGGCCGAUGACAGCAGCGAUACGCGAGCAGUCCGUGACGCUCUCGCACAUGGUGGCCACGAUGCAGCAGAUGGCGUCAGAGUCUCCAGCAGCAGGCGGGAGUGCGGACUCCAGCUCGCCGACACCGCCAACCGGUCCGCCACCGACGACCACCGGGGUACUGCCAAACCUCGGGUUCACCAUGGUGGAGGAGGUCCCGGCGGACACCGACAUUUUACACAGAGAGGCCAGCGCUGUUCUGGAGCAGGCCAGGGCCAACGGCCGGUGCUACCGGAUCGAUCAGGAGGCUUUGGAGAAAAGCGAAGGCGGGUCUGCGGGUGCGGGGUCCUACUACGUUGUCCCACUCCAGAGCUACCUGUCUAUCACGACGCUACGCGGCUCCGAGCUACAUCACGACUCCGACGACACGCUAGCUAAUCUAACGGGCCUGGACAACUACACUCACCAGUUCAGGGUUGACCAGAGGAGUAGGAGUCAGAUCCUGCUCCAGCGGACCCUGCAGGAGCUCUCGGACAGGGCGGUGCUGUCUCAGCCGCAGCCAGACGACCUGGAGUUCAAGCGAGCCAGGCUGGAUCCUGACACACUCCGGUCCGCGACCGGAGGGGCUCCUACCGACGAACAGCUCAGGGGUUCUGGCCUACCGACACCCAUGGAGCUCCUGCCAAGGGCCGAGGGUCGGGUUCGCACCCAAAUCCAGGAGUUCGAGAACUGGCGGUCUCAGCAGAGCAGUGCUGCAGUCUCUUCUCAGGCCGGGCCCCUGGAGACGGGGUCGGAGACCCCGAUGGACGAGACCGGCUUCAGUGCUCUCGAGGGCUACUGCGAGGUGCUGGACUCUUGGUUCGAGGACUCCGGCUGGAGCGGGGACGUCGAGACCUACAUGAACGGCCGGAAGGAUCUGAUCUUCGAGUGCUCAGAGGACAGCGCCGGGCAGUGGUCUCUGCUCUCCUCACGCGGUGGGGAGGUCAAGCUCAAGGAUCUCUCGGCCCAGGAGCUCGAGGAUUUCCGACGAUCGGACGAGGCCGAGUGGGGCGUACUCAACAAGCCUAACGUGCUGCGGAUCCUCAGCAAGGUGGCGGGCACGGCUUCCAUACUCGCCAGCAAGCUGGAGCAGGCGGUGGUGGAGGACAUCGUUGUUUUCAAUCGGGCCGUCCAGAUGCUGCGUGACACCGCCUCGCAGUACCUGACCAUCUGGCGCCACGACCUAUCGCAGGUGGUGAGUUUUACUUUGAGCGACGCGGCGGGGAUUGGCACGGACUCACCCAUACAGUGUGCCUGGGCUGUGGGAGUGGCUGACCCUCAGCUGGCCGCCGGACUGACCAGCAAGGUGACGAUGCUUUCCUGGAGAUCCUCCAAGAUGCGUCGAGCUGCCAACUCAUCCCUGGCCGGUGAGGCCAACUCUCUCUGCCAGUCUCUUGGAGAAGCCGACUGGAUCCAGCUGCUACUUCGUGACGCUUGCUUUGGGGACGUUCCUACUGCCGACUGGCGACAGCACGCAGGCCCCUACGUGUCGGUGUUACGUGACAACUGCGAGUUGCACCGACCCUUGCCUGGAGUUCAUGCCACGGACGCCAAGUCCAUCUUCGACUGUCUCUCCAAGAACUGUGCUGGCCGGAAGGAGGACCGCAGGACUUCCGUGGACCUCGCAAUUGCUCGUGACUCUUUCUCCCAGCGGGGCUCGUGCGUGAAGUGGUUUCCUCACCUGCUCAAUCCCACUGAUGUGAUGACCAAGGCUGAUGUGUCCAAGGGGUCCGAUGCCAUGGGUCACAUGAUUCGCCGUGGGACUUUGACGUUGAGUGAUGCUGAGUCGGAGAGGGCUCACCUCUUGGCCGGUGGUGAGAAGGGCCGGCGCAGUCGAGAGGCCAGCCGCCGCUAUCUACAGGAUCGCGAGCGCCGCCUCGAGGAGUCAGGCCGACAGUAA